AUGCAAUCCGUUGCUUCAGGGUCUUUCCCCUCGCCGCCCUCUUUUGAGGAGUCGCGAUCGAAACACUCCUCUCGGCCCUCUUUGUCAAUCGACCUCUCGUCCAUUCCGCCGCUCUCCCAACCAUCUCCGCCAUCAAACACCCUUCUAAUCACCGAGCUCCAUGACCUGAUCCUGUUCCAGCCCUCUUCAUUAGAGGCAAUCCGCAACCAGAUUACGGUUCUAGCCCGUCUGAACUCUUUCUCUCCUCUCCCAUCUAUGCGCCGAAUCAUCUGUUCAUUCCACAGCGAGGACGACGCCAUCACUGUCCGCAAAAUGCUCGAGAACACCCGUCUGCUGAACCGAGACGUCCGCCCGCGAAUCUACUUCGGCGAGCCUACACCGAUCAUCCAGCAAGGCGAGCACAAGCAGCUGCUCGAGGCGCCCCAGCUUGACAAGCUGUUCUUCAUUUCCCCGCCUCCUUCCCCGCCGCACGGCUGGACGGUGCGCAACGAGGAGCCCCCAAACAAAGAAGUACACGCCACCGACCUUGCUCACGCCCUCGCCAAUCUGAAGACCGAUCCCGAGCCAACGAGCGUUGACCCGGCCACUCCUGUCUCGAUUUCCUCCGACAAGCGUACUGGCAGCUGGCCCAUGGCUGGGUCCCAGCAGCGCAGCCGUAGCAGCACGAUUAUUUUCCACCCCGAAGACCAUGGCAAUAGCCCUAACCUCCCGGCUGUCACGGUGGAGGAUAUGACUCUGGUGGUUGAUGAUGAGGAUGUCGAUAUGGAUGCGGACAUGAGCCCCAUCGAAAUGUCGGUCAAGAAGAUGCCGCCUAAGACAGCUCGGCCCCCGGUUGAACUGAUGGAGUAA